AUACAAGGCAGCAGCGGAUAUAGUUACUCCUCUUCCAUCCCCAGCCACCCCCAAAACCCCCUGUUGGCUUGCAGCUUCGGAGCCUAUUUCCAUGGCGUCCAACCACCAUUCGAAUUAGGGUUUUCUCAGUUCGCAGACCUCCCCAAGAAAAAAAGCCAUGGCCUCCCUCUCCAUCUCCUCCCCCAAUUUCACCACCGCUUUCCUCGGCCACAAACUUAAAUUUCUCGAAAAUUCGAAGAAGCUGCCAACUUGUUGCUCCGUUGUACGAGCUCCUAGAUGUGCUGCUGCUGGUACAUCUUAUGGAGGUAAUGCUCCAAAAUUCCCUAGAAUCAGUGUUUGGGAUCCGUAUAAACGUCUUGGUGUGACCUAUGAUGCGUCUGAGGAAGAAAUUUGGGGAUCACGCAAUUUUCUCUUACAACAGUAUGCUGGACAUGAAAGAAGUGAAGAAUCAAUUGAAGCUGCUUUUGAGAAAAUCUUGAUGACCAGCUUCCAGCAGAGGAAGAAAACAAAAAUUAAUUUGAAGAGCAAGUUGAAAAAGAAAGUUGAAGAGUCUCCGCCUUGGGUUAAGAACCUGCUCAAUUUUGUGGAAGUUCCACCUGUUGAAGUUAUUUUUAGAAGAUUGUUCCUCUUUGCGUUCAUGGGUGGCUGGAGUAUCAUGAACUCAGCUGAAGGUGGACCUGCAUUUCAGGUGGCGGUCUCCUUGGCAGCUUGCAUCUAUUUCCUCAACGAGAAGACAAAGAGCUUGGCCAGAGCUUCCAUUUUCGGACUUGGAGCUCUUGUCACUGGUUGGGUAUGCGGUUCGGUCUUGGUCCCGAAUAUUCCAUCAAUGCUCUUGCACCCGACUUGGACCCUCGAACUUCUAACUUCACUCGUAGUGUACCUGUUCUUGUUUCUUGCUUGCACCUUUCUCAAGUAGUCGAACUCAAAUUAUUUUGUCAGGCUCCAUCGUUUAGAAGUCACAUUUUUCUGAUAGUUGUGAACUCAGCCAAAGCUUGUAUGUUUCGUCUUGAUGAAUUACGAGUCCGCCACUUUACAGCUUAUGCAUUUGAGAGUUUGGGAUUUUUUUUUU